GCAGGAAAAAUGAGAGAGAAAUAAUAUAAAUGAAAAAAGAAAAAAAGAGCAAAUAAAUUGAAAUGAAGGAGUGGAAUUCAAGAGAGGCACUACCGAGUUCACCACCUACAAUUUCACUUUUUCCCAACCAACCAAUUAGCCCACAAAUUUGGAUUUCUACUUUCAAACGCUUUGAUCUUCACUGGAAAGAAAAAAGGAUUAAAAUAAAGGGAACUUCAAAAGAACCAACAAAAAUUGAAGAAGAAGAAGAAGAGGAGAGAAAGAAAGAAAGAAAGCAGGGGAAUCGUAGGCUGGGCCAUUCUUGUUCUGUCCAGAAAAAAAAAAAUGUUGCCUUUACAUCAGGUGUCUCGAUGAAGAAACCAGGUGCAAGUGAGGAAUUAGAGAAAAAGCACGAAGAAAGCAGAAGCCGAGUAAGGGAGGACAGUGAGUAUGUGAGGUUGGUUAUACCGACCGUACAAAGAUUACCUGAAGCAGAUACAAAAUCUGUAGCACAAUCAAGGAAGAAGUCUCUUGUAUGGUGGAUCAAGUUCGUUAUAUGGUGUUCAAUCACUGUAAUACUGCUCCUAGCAUUUGUUAAGUGGGGUGUGCCGUUUCUUGUAGAGAAGGUUCUUUAUCCACUGUUGCAAUGGGAAGCCACAGCAUUCGGUCGUCCUAUACUGGCGCUAGUACUCGUGGCCUCAUUGGCUUUGUUCCCCGUUUUUCUAAUUCCUUCGGGUCCUUCAAUGUGGCUAGCCGGGAUGAUUUUUGGAUAUGGCUUGGGUUUUCUCAUUAUUAUGGUUGGGACAACCAUUGGAAUGACAUUGCCCUACUUGAUUGGUUUACUCUUCCAUGACAGAAUUCAUCAAUGGCUGAAGAGAUGGCCUAAGCAUGCUGCCAUGAUAAGUGGUCGGCUCAUAAUGACAUUAGCAGAUGUCCAGUAUGGGAACCACCAUCUGACUCUUGUCGAGAUUGUUUACAAUAUCAUCUCCUUCAUAAUUGCCAUUAUAACAACAGUUGCUUUCACGAUUUAUGCCAAGAGAACGUUGAGUGAGCUCGAGACAUCUGCAGGAGACUGUGAAAGAGGCUCGUCUGGUGGCAGCAAUAAGACAAGUUUAGAGCUGGGGAAACUUCCACUUGAAAAACACAAGAAUAGUUUUGCAUAUUCUUGAAACAUUAUCUUCAGCUUUCAGCUUAGUUUUAGAUUUCUAACUGUCAACCAAAUGUGAUUUGAAUCUGGAAAAAAGGAAUUAUGACCUCGAAUUGCUCUAUUUUGUUGUCAGGUAAAUCCAAAUUGAUUGUUCCGUUGUGUAACACUCACAUGUAUAAAGAAAGAAAAAAAAAAAAA